UUUUAAUUCAAACUUGUCAAUCGAAACGUUAACCUAACCUAUUUUCGUCAAAAACAUAACCUAAAAAAAAUUAUUUUCUGAUAAAUUAUAAAAAGAUGAAAUUAACUCAAAUUUUGUAUCGUCAGCACCUUGGGAGGCAUAUUAAAAGGCAUUGGAGAAUUCAAGGUGUGAAAAAACCGCAUGAUUUGGGUACAAGAGCUGUUCUAGAAGCGCAAGGUAUAAACGUUGUAGAACCAGAAGAUAUUUUAAAAGAAAAACGGCAAUAUGAAAAGAUUGAAGUAAUUGGAUUUAUACCAAAACCAUUACCUUUGGAUGAGACACAUCCGAAUUGGCACGAAAGAAUUUGUUACACCUACAACAAUAAUAAUGUUCUUUUGGAGGGUUUAAAUCAAGCUAAAAUCUUAACAAAUACUGUUGAGGUUAAAUCGGGUUUACCAGAUAAUUUGGUUUUAAAAGAUGUUGAAAGAAAUUUUAAUAGUAAAAUGAGAGAGAUUAUUAGAUAUUCUCAUAUUUUUGAUGCAGAACAACAAAAAUUGCCUAAAAUUAAAGAUCCUUUAAGACCAGCUUUUAAUUUUCCAAGAGUUUAUGGAAUAACUGAACAAAGAGUUAAAAAAUUAUUAAUUUCAAAGAUUUUAAAUUUAAUUGAAGUCAAUUCUGAUUAUGAAAUAACAAAAACUAGAUCGAUAUUUAAUGAUUUAACUUUUUCAUAUCCUUUUGUUAAGAAGGAUAAAUUAAUUCAAUUCGAACUUAAAGCAGAUACUUUAUUGACUAGUUCAAAACCUUUAAAACCAAUUUAUGAAGGAGAUUUGAAUAAUUUAAAGUUACCUGAUAUUUAUCCUUCAAAUGAAGUUAUUUCUUUGAAUAAAGAGCAUAUUUAUGAGAUCAAAAAUGUGUAUCCACUUGAUGUUACAAGAAUAUCAAAUUCGCACCCUCACACAUUAUUUAUUCAUUAUAAUACAACAGAAGUUUCGAAUUUAUUUGAAGAACAAGUUUUGGAGACUCAAAUUUUUGGGAGAAAUUUAUUAAAAGCUUUUACAAUUGGAGCUUCUUAUGGUAAAAGACUUUAUGGGGAAAAAAUUAAGGAUUUAUCCAAACCCAUUGUACUUCAAUGUAUCCAAACGAAUGGUAAAUGGUUUAAUUUUGGGAUUUUACAAAUAAAUACGUUGGAUUUGUUAAGUGAUAAAGUAAGAAAUGUUUGGUUUCAAAGUGAGAAUAUUGAGUUAUUUAAUAAUUGUGGAUAUGUGGAUGGAAAACCGACUUUGGAAGGGUAUAAUAGUGAGGUAAUUAAACAUAUUUUGGGGUUCUACAAUAAUAUGUAAUUUAAACUUAUUUGUAUUUAAUUAGUAUAAAUAAAAAUUUAAU